AUGGGUAAAGGAGUAUUCUUCACCUCCGCCUCAAUUUUACUUGCCAUUAUAAUCACCGCCACCCUCCUCCCUCACCACCACCACUACCGCCGCCACCACGACAACCCCCCGCCCAACUCAUCACCACCGGUUCCCGGUUUCACAUCAAACGCUUCCCAAUUACUCCGAUCAAACGGGUUCAACUUCAUUGCCACUUUCCUCCACAUUUCACCAGAUCUUUUCCUCCCAACUCCACAAUCCACAAUCUUUGCGAUUUCCGAUUCCACUUUUUCUAACCUCUCCAUCCCUCCUUAUCUAAUGAGACACUUUCUUGAAUUCCACAUUUCCCCUUCAAGAUUCACCUUCCCAGAUUUGUUAAACAAACCAAUAAGCACUUGUUUCCCUACAUUAGUUCAAGAAAAGAGAAUUGGCAUUACCAAAAACGACGAUAAACGUCGUGUUCUUGAAAUCAAUAAUGUGUUGAUUACCCACCCGGAUUUGUUUCUUCACGGGUCACUCGCAAUUCAUGGGCUCGCGGGUUCUUUUGCUUCUUUUGAUCACCUUCAAGAAAGUUUAGUAUUUCCAGUUUGUGAAGAGGGUCAUAAAAUUGAUGUCGGUUUUAUCAAGAAUAAUAAAGAUGAAUGGGGAAAAGUGGUUAAGUUUCUUGGGACAUCCGGGUUUAUGCCAUUUGCAAUUGGAUUGAAGUCAGUGACUGAUGGGAUUUUCAAAGAUUUUCCAAAUUUGAAAUCUUUAACGAUUUUUACACCUCCAAAUGCGGCAUUGAUGGCUAUGUCUUGGCCUUUGUUCGAUAAAUUCAUGAGGUUUCAUAUCAUUCCAGAAAGAUAUUCUUUGAAACAGUUGGCGGGUUUGUCAGCAGGUGCAUCUUUGAGGACACUGGUUAUGGGUAAAGAUGUCGAAAUUACCGAAGCUUCAAAAGUUUCUAAAGUGGUGUCGAUUAAUGGAGUGAUGAUUACUGUUCCAGAUAUGUUUGUAUCGAAGAAUGUGGUUGUACAUGGAAUCGCCAGGCCUUUUGAUAUCAAUAAACUUUCUAGCAUAUCCAGAUAAUAAUUGUGCUUUCUUUUUAGUUCUUUUAU